AUGGCUACCAGAAAGUUAAAUAUGUUUGAAAAAAUAGCCAAUAUGACUGGUGUACUUUAUCGUUACCAAAAAAAUCAAUUUCCAAGAAGAUGUGAACUUUUAAAAAAAAUAGCUAAGAAAGAACUUGCUCCACCAAAUAGUGCUGAUAUUCCAGCUAUUCGACGUGACUGGAAAAAUCUUUUAAAUGCCAUUGAGACAAAACAAUAUAGAAAUCUUUCUGUUAAAGAAUUUCUCGUUUACUCUGCCGUUGGAUUAGAGAUCGUAUUUUGGUUCUUCGUUGGUGAGAUGAUUGGACGCAGAAAUAUUUUUGGUUACAUUGUUCCUGGAAGCUAUGUAUCAAAGGACACUAAGAAGGAAGCCAAAAAUGUUGUUGUUGAAGAUAAAACUAACUUCUAG